CUCAAUGAAUGCAACUUCCAGCGACAUAUGGCAUGCUUGCUUUAUGUCUUACUUGUAUAUAGCUAUAGGAAUUUUCUCUACUGUCUGCUCAGUUUUCAGCAUAUUGGUGAUUUGUUCAAAGAGGAAUAUGUUCAAAAAGUACCCAAACCUUCUUGCCUUGAACAUGUGCGAACUAAUAGAUGCAAUUAGCUACAUUUUGACUGGAUUCGGAAGAGCUAGUGGAAUCGAAGAUUUGUCUUUGUUCAACGAUACAACAGUUUAUGACUGCUUUUUCAGGAAAUACUGGCCGCAUGCUCUUAUUCUCGGAACACAGCUACCUGCUUUUUGUUUAUUGCUUGUGACGUGUGAGCGUCUUUUAACGGUGUUUCGACCAAUGCUUCGCUCGAAGAUUGUGGCAAUGAAAAGUCGUUUAUUACUGUUUGUUCCUAUUGCAGGGUUGACACGUCACCGUACCGGAUUUAUCACACGGUCGCUCAUGCUUUGGACUGCCAUUUCUGCAUUGUCUACACUCUUUGUUUCGCUCCCAUCAGCACUAAUGCUCGGCACUAUAUGGAUUGACAAGGAUUAUGUUAACGACGAUGUAAUUGUGUCUCUAGUCUACAUCACUCCAGGAGUCUUCUCCGUUGUAGGCACUGUGACUAUAUUUGCAAUAGUGAAAGACUUGCGACAAAGAAUAAAUUCCGUUUUGCAAUCAUGCUCAACUUGCCUGAAACGCGUGCUUCAUCGGGCCGCUUUUAGCUACCAGUUAUAG